UGCCAGGUCCUGUCCCCUAAGGUACCCUUUGACCACAGAACACACCGUGACCUGAGAGACUGCUGCCCACGCAUGCCCUGAUGCUUAGGAGAGAAUUGCAUUCAUCCUUGCUCUGGGGAGCCGGGGACAAUGGCUUAUCUCUUCAAGUUGUGAUGUUCCAGACUGCAGAGUUGAGUGCGAUGGACUCUGUGAGGUUGACACACCAUGUCAGUCAGUGUCCAUGAGACCCGCAAGUCACGGAGCAGCACGGGCUCCAUGAACAUCACCCUCUUCCAUAAGGCCUCACACCCCGACUGUGUGCUGGCCCACCUCAACACGCUGCGCAAGCACCGCAUGUUCACCGACGUCACCCUCUGGGCCGGCGACCGUGCCUUCCCCUGUCACCGCGCUGUGCUGGCCGCUUCCAGCCGCUACUUUGAAGCCAUGUUCAGCCACGGCCUGCGAGAAAGCCGGGAUGACACAGUCAACUUCCAGGAUAACCUGCACCCUGAGGUGCUGGAGCUGCUGCUGGACUUUGCCUACUCCUCCCGUAUCGUCAUCAACGAGGAGAACGCCGAGUCGCUGCUGGAGGCCGGGGACAUGCUGCAGUUCCACGAUGUGCGGGAUGCAGCAGCGGAGUUUCUGGAGAAGAACCUCUUCCCCUCCAACUGCCUGGGCAUGAUGCUGCUGUCUGAUGCCCACCAGUGCCGCAGGCUGUAUGAGUUCUCCUGGCGCAUGUGCCUUGUGCACUUCGAGACCGUGCGCCAGAGCGAGGACUUCAACAGCCUGUCCAAGGACACGCUGCUGGACCUCAUCUCCAGUGACGAGCUGGAGACCGAGGAUGAGCGGGUCGUCUUUGAGGCCAUCCUGCAGUGGGUGAAGCAUGACCUUGAGCAGCGGAAGCCUCACCUGCCAGAGCUUCUGCGCAGUGUGCGGCUGGCCCUGCUGCCCUCUGACUGCCUGAAGGAGGCUGUGUCCAGUGAGGCCCUCCUCAUGGCAGAUGAGCGCACCAAGCUCAUUAUAGACGAGGCCCUCCGUUGCAAGACCAGGAUCCUGCAGAAUGACGGGGUGGUCACUAGCCCCUGCGCCCGGCCACGCAAGGCGGGUCACACACUGCUCAUUCUGGGAGGCCAGACCUUCAUGUGUGACAAGAUCUACCAGGUAGACCACAAAGCCAAGGAGAUCAUCCCCAAGGCAGACCUGCCUAGCCCCCGAAAAGAGUUCAGUGCCUCGGCAAUUGGCUGCAAGGUCUACGUGACUGGAGGCAGAGGCUCUGAGAACGGGGUAUCCAAGGAUGUCUGGGUGUAUGACACUGUGCACGAGGAGUGGUCCAAGGCAGCACCCAUGCUGAUUGCCCGGUUUGGCCACGGCUCAGCUGAGCUGGAGAACUGUCUCUACGUGGUAGGAGGACACACAUCCCUGGCGGGUGUCUUCCCAGCUUCCCCGUCUGUCUCCCUGAAGCAAGUGGAGAAAUAUGACCCUGGGGCUAACAAGUGGACCAUGGUGGCUCCAUUGAGGGAUGGCGUCAGCAAUGCUGCAGUGGUGAGUGCCAAGCUAAAGCUCUUUGUGUUUGGAGGGACCAGCAUCCACCGAGACAUGGUGUCCAAAGUCCAGUGCUAUGACCCGUCAGAGAACCGGUGGACGAUCAAGGCCGAGUGCCCCCAGCCUUGGCGGUACACAGCUGCUGCUGUCCUGGGCAGCCAGAUCUUCAUCAUGGGAGGAGACACUGAGUUCACUGCUGCUUCAGCCUACCGCUUUGACUGUGAGACCACUCAGUGGACGCGGAUUGGGGACAUGACUGCCAAGCGCAUGUCCUGCCAUGCCCUGGCUUCAGGCAACAAGCUGUAUGUAGUGGGUGGCUACUUUGGGACCCAGAGGUGUAAGACCCUGGACUGCUAUGACCCUACUUCUGACACGUGGAACUGCAUCACCACUGUGCCCUACUCGCUCAUCCCCACGGCCUUUGUCAGCACCUGGAAGCACCUGCCUGCAUGAGGGGCACUUGCAGAGCCCAACCAGACUCUGGGUGGCUCUCCACACCCCCACGGCUCUGGCUCCGCAGUCACAGAGUGGCCUUGUCCCCAGCUGGACCAUGGGAAGCUCAGCCUGCCCAGGCCAGAAGCCAUCAGCAUCAGCUCUGGGUGGUGGUUGGUAACUGUUCUGAGCUUUAGGCAAGAAAAGUAAAGCCUCCUGAGUGCCCAGUCCUCCCUGCCGCCAGGAGCUUGUGUGUAGAGGAGCUUCCAGAGGGACAUGCCUGCUGUUGCUAGGGUUCUUGAGCCCAGGGGAGGACAGGGCCUUGAGGUCACCUCUGUUGACCAGGCAGGCUUGGCAGGGGUUGGGUCUGGAUACCUCAGUCCCAACAGCUUUUAUUGCAGGGCUGCCUGUGGGAGGAAGUAAUGUCACUUCAUAUUUCCUGAGCCUUAGGAAGCAGAGCCCAAUUAAAAUGGAUUUGACAAGGGGCAGAAACUCACAGGGCAAAUUUGGGAGGCACCCACAAGCUUCAUUAGCAAAUGUACCCAGACCCUCAAGGCCAAUGGGGUCUCUCCUGUAGGCUCCUCCAUUGAAGGGUAAGCCAAGGGUGCUGCCACAGGUAUGGGUCAAGGCUUAUGUCCACUCAAAUAGGGGCUGGGGUCACUCAGCAGGACUUCAGGCCCUAGGGAGCUGGUAGGGGCUGCCCUGUCACCUGCCUUCAAAGCUAUAGUAAGAAGCAGUGACAGCCCAGCUCCUAAUGGGCCACAACCACCCACAGCACUGGGGUUCCUUCACAGAAAACAACUGUCAGCUUGUGUGCUGCCCUGCAAGGCAGCAAUGAGCUGUGGUUGAUGGAGGGACUCCAGCAGAUCCUGUGGACUUGUCAAUGUGCAGGACAGUGACAAGGCUCUAACCAUUCCUGAUGUCUUUUCUGGCAUCAGCCUUGUAGCUACCAGCAUUGGGCCCUGCUCACCUUUUCCCUGGGCUCAGAAAUUACCAAAAGGGCUGGGCGUGGUGGCGCACGCAAUUAAUCCCAGCCCUUGGGAGGCAGAGGUAGGAGGAUUGCCAUGAGUUCUAGGCUACCCUGAGACUCCAUAGUGAAUUCCAGGUGAGCCUGGGCUAGAGUGAGACCCUACCUCAAAAAAGAAAGAAAGAAAGAAAUUACCAAAAGGGUCAGAAGAGAAUUCCCAAAAUGUUUGUUCCUUGUCACUUCACAACCCUUGGGGAAAGCCCUCAUCAGUGUCCCCAGUGCCAGGUGUGUUGAGGUCAGCUUUUGAACCAGUGUGAGACACUCCAGGCCCUUGUCCCACCCACCUUUGGAGGGGACAGGUGUUUUCCUUGUGCCUGGCAUGGGGUGAACAGGGUACCCUAGUGUGUGGCUUCCCAGGCCACCUGCCAGUUCUGUGUGCUGAUGACAUGCAAGUUGUAGUUCCAGUGUGGGCUGUGCUAUUGAUAGGGACUUGGGGCCACAGUAUAAUUUAGUUACUUAACCAGUCCUGUGUCCCUGCAUCUCAGCCUAGCAUUGGUCCUGUUGGUGCCUCCUAGGGAGUGGGACUUGUGAGCUUGGUUUGCCCACGGAUGUGUCCUGGGAAUGCACUGGAAGUCAAAGCUGCUUCCUGGCACUCCUCAGGGCCCACGGUCUGAGGCCUGGGUUCGUCAUCCGUUCCACCUCAGGGACAGUCAUGCUGGGAAUCCCAAGGCCCCUGGUCCUCAGGGCUGGCGGAGGAGCUGCAGGCCAUGGCCAGUGACCCCUUGGCCUGUGAUCUGCUUCAUCAAGAUUCAGCACACUUCUCAUAGCACAAAGACUUGACCAUGGUGCUUGCUCUGAGCUUUGUGUUGCUUUUAUCAGUUUUCCAACUUAAUAAAGAGUUGAAAAAAUUGUCUGCCUUUCCUGGGUGCU